CCACACAAAACAGCUCCAUUGACAGCAGCGCAGUCCGCUGGCCGCAGGCGAAUAGAACUGGCACAGGAGCCCUGCGACUGCUAAUUUAUCACGCCGUCGAGCUCUAAUUGCUGCGGACGCGCGGACGCAGGAGAACCAUGCUGAAACUCGUGCUGUGCGCAGCAGCGAGCGCCAGCGCGACGAUCGAAUGGCGCGGGAUCACAGCGACCAUAAAGGACCGCUCCAUAUUGCGAGCAGUCGGUGGACAAGCGAAAGCCGGCCGGCUCCACGCCAUUAUGGGUCCUUCCGGAUCCGGCAAGACGUCGCUGCUGAGCGCGCUGAGUGGCACGUGCGAUAGGCGGCUGAAGCUGAGCGGCGAUCUCCGCGCCGACGGCGUCGCGGUGGACAAGGUCGAAGGCGCCUACGUAAGACAGCAGGACGUCUUCUAUCCGUAUUUGACGGUGCGGGAGACGCUGACGUUCGCGGCGACGUUGCGGCUUGGCCCAGACGCAGAUGUCCCGACAAUCGUCGACUCGAUCUUGAUGAAGACGGGCCUCGCGAAAGCCGCGGACACGAUCGUCGGCGACGACAAGAUCCGGGGCGUGUCGGGCGGCGAGCGGAAGCGAUUGGCGAUUGCUUGUGAGCUUGUCGACGACCCGGACGUGCUAUUCCUCGACGAGCCGACGUCCGGGCUCGACUCCUUCGCUGCGCAGCGCGUCGUGGCGAGCCUGCGCACGUUGUGCGACGCGGGGAAGACGGUGGUAUGCGUGAUUCACCAGCCGUCCGGCGGCGUUUUUGCCGCCUUCGACGACCUGACGCUGCUUUCGGAGGGCGAAUGCAUGUAUCAUGGGCCGAUCUGCGACCUCGACGCGCGGCUGCGCAAGGAGGGCUUCCCGCGGCCGCGGACGGCGGCGCCCGCAGAGCACGCCGUCGAAACGGUCAGUGUCAACUACGGCUCGCCGGAGACGGAGGCGUCGUCGCGGGAGGUCUUGGCGAAGCUCUCGGACGCCUGCAAAAAGGCCGAGCGGCCCCUGCCGGCGGCGACUCCGGCGAAGACGAAGGCGACUGCUAAGGGCCCUCGCCGCCGGCCGCUGGCGGAGUUGCGAUUGCUCUACCAGCGCGCCCGACGGGACGUGUCGAGGGCUAAGGCGGCUACCGCAAUAAAAGCAGCGCAGCAGGUUAUGACGGCCUUGAUCUAUGGCGGUAUUUAUGAUCUCGACGACUCGCAGCGGUCGAUCCAAGAUCGCUUCGGUUUGUUGAGUCUCUGUGUUAUCGGCGCGACGAACCUUGCGAUCGCCUCGACGAUCCGUGCCUUCCCCAAGGAGAAGACAAUCGUCCAGCGGGAGCGGAGCCCUCGAUCCGGCCGGCCGAUGUACGGCGCGUUGCCUUAUUUGUUCUCCAAGGUUGCCGCGGAACUGCCUCUAUCCGUCGGUCUGUCGUGUCUCUUCGGAGGCAUCCUGUAUCCGUUGGCCAAGCUAGGUAGGACCACGCGGAAGUUCCGGCGGUUCCUUGGGCUCACCGCAUUAAAUUCUGUCGCGGCUUCAGCGCUGGGUUUGCUGGUCGGGGCCGUCGCGCCGUCGACGGACGCCGCGCUGGCCAUGUUUCCACCGAUAAUAGUGCUGAUGAUCAUUUUCAACGGAAGCAACAUCAGCGACGAGUCGACGCCGAAACCCAUCAAGUUCCUGCCCAAGCUGUCGCUGGUCCGGUGGGGUUUUGAGGGGCUGGCCGUUAACGAGUUCGAGGGCCUCGAGUUCAAGCCGUUCACGCAAAUCGGCCGGCCCUCUUUAAAGACUGGCGCCGACGCGCUGACGCGUCUGUCGUUCGAGGACUCGACAAUAAAGCGGACCGCGGUCGCGCAGGGCGCCAUCCUCGGCGCGUGCUAUUUUCAGACCUAUCGCGUCCUCAAAAACGCGCGGCCGCGGUACGCGACGCUGAAGCGAGCUACGGUGGUCGACGAUGGCAUCCGAUGGACCGCGGACGCCGAGGCGCGGCUCCAGAAGAUCCCGGGAUUCGUCCGAGGACGUGUGAGGGGCGCCGCGGAGAAGUACGCCCGCGAGAACGGGAUCACGACGAUUACCGACGAGGUGUUUGUGGCUCUCAAGCCGAAAAAAUAAGUAUAACAUU